AUGACUAGGGGAACUAGAACAAGAAGAGCUCCUAGAUGGCUAACUGAUUAUGUGAGUGGAGAAGAACUAAUAUAUGAAGAAAAUGGUGUUCACUUUGCUUUGUUCAUUGAUAGAGAUCCAAUCACCUUUGAUGAAGCUGUUAAAAGCUCAAAAUGGAGGAAAGUCGUGGAUAUUGAGAUAGACGCCGUUCAAAGAAAUAAUAUAUGGGAGCUUACUGAUCUUCUUGUAGGAGGAAAAACAAUUGGAGUCAAGUGGAUCUUUAACACAAAGGUCAAAGAAAAUGGUGAGAUUGAAAACAAGAAAGGGCAAGAGCAGAAGGUUUAUCAUUUGAAGAAAGCUCUAUAUGGAUUGAAACAAGCUCUUAGAGCUUGGUACAGCCGUAUUGAAAGCUAUUUUUUGAAAAUAGGUUUUGUGAAGUGUCCAUAUGAACACACCUUGUUCAUAAAGCAUCAAGAGGGAGGAAAUGAUACAGCUAUGUUCAUUGAGUUCAAGACCUCGAUGAUGAAUGAGUUCGAGAUGACAGAUCUAGGAAAGAUGCAUUACUUCUUGUGUAUUGAAGUGAAGCAAUCUACAAAUAAAAUCUUUGUUGGAACCAAGCUCAUUAAAGACACUGAAGGACAAAAAGUUGAUAGCACUCAUUUCAAGAAGAUUGUGAGGAGCCUAAUGUAUUUGACUAAUACACGUCCAGAUUUAAUGUAUGUAGUUAGUCUAAUAAGCAAGUUCAUGGAAUCACCUACUAAAGUGCAUCUUCAAACAACAAAAAGGAUACUUCGGUACGUGAAGGGAACCACAUAUUAUGGUUUGUUUUACAAGAAAGGAUUGAAAGGAGAUUUUCUGUUAGGAUACAGUGACAGUGAUUAUGCUGGUGAUUUAGAUGAUCGAAAGAGUACUUCAGGGUAUGUUUUCAUGUACGGUUCAGCAGUUGUUCCUUGGUCCUCAAAGAAACAACCAGUAGUUACACUUUCAACAACUAAGGCUGAAUUUAUUGCUGCUGCCUCAUGCACAUGUCAAGCUGUUAGGUUAAGGAGAUUACUUAAUGAGUUGCAUUGUUCAUAG